GAAUAUCGGGCCACUUCAAUUCAUUGAAGGAAAAAGAACAUGGAUUUGCCUAAUGACCUUGUAGUUGAUAUCCUAGCAAGAUUGCCCGUCAAGUGUUUGAUGAAACUCCGGUGCGUGUGUAAAUAUUGGCGUGGUUUGAUCAGAAGCCCCGACUUCAUUGAUGUGCAUUCCAAGCACCCAAAGAAUCAGGAUAAAGAUGUGAUCCUCCUCAACCUUUUCAUUGGAGGUAGCCCAAAUGAUGAACCCGUAUUUAUAGAAGGCUGCCGCCUUGAUGAUUCAAGCUACACUGUUUUCAAUUCUAUUCUUACGACCACGAUGGAUCACUCUGCAAGGUUGCCCCUGAUUUCUCACCACAUUUUGAUAUUAACCCACCAAUAUCAAAUCCUCCCUCAAUUUCUAAUCGUUGCAAUGGCAUUGUUUGUGUGGCAUGUUUGUCGUUUUUGUCUACGGAGUACCGAUCAACUGCUGAAUACAUCUAUCUGUGGAAUCCGGCUACUCGUGAGACAAAGGGUCUUCCUUCUCGCCCCAUUGAGCUUCCCCGAGGAUACACUGUCUAUUUUGGGCAGGUGGGAUUUGGGACGAGUGACUGCUAGUGUCACACCACAUACGGGUGAUACGGAUGGUAUAUUCUUUCACGGAUCAUACCACUGGUGCGCCGAGAACCAAUUUAGUGAGCCCAUCAUUGCCUUUUUUGAUAUGAGUCUUGAGGUGGUCCAAGAGAUGAAGUAUCCUGAUCCCAAACAUGUCGGUUCGCAUGUUACUGUCUUAGCUGGUUUCCUGGCAAUGAUUGUAUCCUCUUCAAGGUGUGUUCAGAACGGAGAUAUGGAUUGGCAAGACAUCAACCAUAUCACCAUAUGGGUGAGGACUGAGUAUGGGUCUGAUUCAUCAUGGAUGAAGAAAUGUACUAUUGGACCACUUGAGGGGUACUUCAGCACCAUGGUAUGUUGGAAAGAGGACAACCUCCUUAUUCGAAGAAACAAUCUGAGGGACAAUGGUUCAGGGAGGAACAAUGAAGAGGUAACUUCAUGUGAUGCUAAAUCAGAUAUCCCUCGAGUGAAGAGAUAUGGAAUUAUUGGAGAGCAUAUGCGAGCUGUGAUUUAUAAGGAGAGUUUGGCUUCAAUGCAUCUGAUUUGA